AUGGCCAGCGGAAACGGCGAGACCGUGAACCUCGACUCCCUGAGCGUCCAGCAGCUUGGCCAGGUCAAGAAGCAACUCGACGAAGAGCUGGAGCACUUGACCUCGUCCUUCACCCAGCUACACGCCGCCCAGUCCAAGUUCAGAGAAUGCCUUCGCUGUGUCCAAGGCGGCAAGUCACCUGCUCUCCAACAAGACAAGUCCAUCCUCGUGCCACUCACCAACUCUCUCUACGUCCGCGGCACCCUCGCGAGCGCCGAACACGUUGUUGUCGACAUCGGCACUGGCUUUUACGUCGAGAAGGAGAUCAAGUCGGCAACCCAGUUCUACGAGAACAAGGUCGGCGAAGUGGGAGGGAGCAUCAAAGAGCUGGAAGCCAUUGUGCAGUCCAAGACGAACAACGUCCGCGUCAUCGAGGAAGUUCUAAGACACAAGAUGGCCGGCCCGGCCCAGCCAACGCCCUCGUCCUAG